AUGUAGCAUACAUAUUCUGAAAACAAUGAGGAGAAUUACAUGGCUAGAUCUCUGAAUACGUUAUCAACACCCACAAGUCAGCAGUUGAUAACAAUGAAAUUCAAACCCUCAUCUAAUAGAAGCAGAAAAAGACCAAAAUUUGGACCUGUGAAUAAGUUAAAUUAAUACUAUCCAGAAAAAGAUCUUCAAAUAAUGGAGGAAAAAGAAUCAUAAUCAUAGGGGAAUAUUAGUUUGACACAGGCGAAGUAGAAUGACUGGAAGCCUACUAAACUUGAAUUAGAUUAAAUAAAACUUACAAAUAUUCUGGCUAAACUUGAUAGAGGGCUUUAUGAAGGUGAGUAUAACAGGUAUAAACAAAGACAUGGUUAUGGCAAGAAUUAUUACAGUGAUGGAUCUGUGUAUGAAGGUCAAUGGUAAUAUGAUAAAAGACAUGGACCUGGUGCACUAUUUAGCUAUUAGAAUGAGCAGCAAUUUGCAGGUCAAUGGGAGAGCGAUAUGAGGAAUGGUCAAGGUGAAGUCUUUUAUAAGAAUGGCACUCAAAUGACAUGUUAAUGGACAAACAAUAUCAAAAAUGGCAAAGGAAAAAUUUUAUUAAAGCAUAAAAAGAAAUAUUUAGAAGCAUAAAUACCUGAAUGGUAAUUAGUCUCUGGCUCUUCAUCACAGUUCUGGUGUUAAGUUAUUAUGCUUUUAGAACAUCAAAUAGUCUCUAUAAUUGGCUAUCAUUGUUAACUUACUUCCUAAGCAUUAUUGAAUCGAUAUAAAGCAAACAAUUCCGAGCAAUUCAUUGAUUCUAAGAUAUUAAAACAGUACUUGAAAAAAUAGCGAAUUUAAAGGAGUAGUAUGCGAAGCUUGACUAUGAGAUUCAGAAUUUCCAUUUUACCUCAAAUGAGAUAUCAUUCGAAAAAAAGUAUAACAGUAUUACUUACGAAAAAGAUACAAUUUUCAAUGAUAAGAACUUAAGAGAAAAAGCAAUUAGCACCCAUUGAGCCAAUAAACAGUGGCUUUACGAGGAAUGGAUAGACUGGUCUCCUCCCAUAGAAUCUUUUGAGUAUAUAUCAGAGUUUCAAUUUGUUGAAAUUGACCUUACUAUAGACUUUAUGCUCUCCAGCAUAGCCAAAUAACAAAUGGAGAACAUAUUUAAAGAUUUUAAAAAUAAGAAUAUUCGAGAUGUAUAUUUCGACACAUAGAUUAGACUGA